AUGAACUUGGAAUUGCUUGAUCCAUUUCGCCGACAGAUACCCGAUCGAGUGGAUGCAACCCUUAACCUUCCUGAUGAUCUUGAUUCUCGUCUGAAGAAAGAACUCAACGAAGGAGAUGGGGAGGACCAAAUGUAUGCGACUCAUGUGGCUUUCAACCGACGCGGGGCAUACAUAGCCGUGGGAUAUGGCAAUGACAUGAUCGGGGUCUUUGAUGUUUUGAGUAGAACUUUAAGCGGUUUUUAUCGCAACAGUAAUCACGAAGCUUUGAUGGCUUUGCCUUCUAAGAGCACUCCCAUUAAAAAGGGACUAAACUUUGUGUCUUGGUCACGACGAUCGAGAACAAUCGUUUCAGGUUCCUCAGGAGACACUGAGAUUCACAUUAUUGACACAACCCACCCCCUUGGACCGGGAGAGUGCUGUGUGGGGAUCGUAACAGAUGAAAAAAAAGAAAAAAUCGAUGACGGGGAUCAAAAUGAUACAACAACGCCAGAAACAAGUUCCCAAAAUCGCACUUCCUCGUCAUUUGCUAGAAGAAAGAAGCUGGAAGAUCACCACACAAAAACGAGAUAUCUGAGUGUCGCCGUUGUUGAAAAUAAUGGAAUAUCAAUAGGGGAGACUGGCGACAAGGUCGUGGAAAAGCCUCAUGUCUCAGUGACUGCUUCGUCAAACAAGAGGUACCCAUCGCUUGCAUUCGCACUCCCCUUGCCGAUCGGAGGUUUUUUGCAAGCCCAUCCCAGACUUACAAGUGCCGGACUUGCAGUUUUGAAUGAUGGCUCAAUAGUUGCCUUCUGGGUCCCAUCUACUGGAUGGGAAGAUUAUGGGGAUGAUGACCAAGCACCUUCCGUGAAGGUGGCAACAAUUUUUAGAGACGAAUCCCAUUUCAUCACUUACGCAGUAGUUGAUCCACAAGGGGAAAAAAUGUAUGCUGGGACGAAGGAAGGGAAGAUUAUUGGAUUCGAUGCAAGCGCUGUUUUCGAUCAAUUUGAGGUUGCUUCUUCGGUAUCCAACUUGACCGUAGGGUUCGUCGUCAGCGUACCAGGUCGGUCGUCAGUUUGGGGUCUUGUGAUAAGUCGCAAUGGUCAAAAACUUUUAAUCAACAGUGCGGACGGCGCACUUCGGUUAUACAAAACCACAGACUGCUGGGCAACGCCAGAAGUCGUCGACAAGCCUUUUAUGGUGUUUCAAGAUGUGGUCUCAAAAGCAAAGUUUGCGUCCUGCGAUCUGUCAGGGGACUCUGAAUUUGUUGUUGGAGGAGCAAAUGGAGGUGACAACAAAUAUGAGUUGUACAUAUGGAACACCUCUACCGGUGAACUAAUGGACAAGCUGACUGGAGCCACAGUCGAUCUUCUUGAUGUUUCUUGGCAUCCAACACGGUCAUUCAUAGCAGUCGCAACUUCGGAUGGGGUUGUGGAUGUAUGGGGACCAAGAAUCAACUGGACUGCAUUCGCUCCUGACUUCCAGGCUUUGCCACACAAUGUCGAGUACGUCGAGUGUGAAGAUGAAUUUGACGUUGUAGAAGGUAGUAUCGACGAAGCCAACGAGAGAGCGGAAAGCUGUAGCCAGGCAACCGACGACGUUGACAUAUUAACCAUUGAGCCUGUUCCUGUCUUUGCGUCUGAUUCCGAAGAUGAAAGCGAUGUAUUCGCUUUUGAAACAAAAGUAACAAGGAUUCUUGGUGGAAUAGCGACAUCAUGA